AUGGUAAUAGCAAGAAGAGAUGCUUUUGCAGGAGCUUGGUAUCAAGAUGAUAAAGAGGCACUCUCUCAUGAAUUGAAUGAUUAUUUGGAGAAGGCUUCAUCAACAAGUAGCACUUCAAUUCAUCACGGAAAGAAGGUAAAAGCCAUCAUUUCUCCUCAUGCUGGUUAUCGUUAUUCAGCUCCUACAUCAGCACAUGGAUACAGUUGUGUAUUGAAUUCAUCAAAUUAUGAUAAGAUUAGAACAGUGUUUGUUUUGGGACCUUGUCAUAGACUUUACUUGGAUGAUCAAUGUGUAUUGUCAAAAUGUGAUCAGUGUAAUACUCCACUUGGUGCAUUGAAAGUUAACAAGAGUAUUCAAAGUGAAUUAGUAAGCAAGUAUUCAGAUUUAUUUGGAUAUUUGAAAGAUAAGAAGAAUGAAGAGGAUGAACAUUCAUUGGAAUUACAAUUUCCUUUUAUUGCAUAUUUAUUUAGAGAAAAAUUGAAUCAGAUUCAAAUUGUACCAAUCAUGGUUGGUGAUUUAUCAAGUGAAUCAAUUAGUAGAAUGGCUGAAUCUUUGACACCUUAUUUAGAUAGUGAGGAAUCAUUAUUUGUAAUUAGUAGUGAUUUCUGUCAUUGGGGGAAGAGAUUUAGUUAUCAAUAUGUUAUUAAUAAGGAUAUUUCUCUUUCAAAGUCAAUUCAACAAUUAGACAUGUUGGGAGUUUCUAAAAUUACUGAACACUCCAAAAAUCCAGAAGAAUUCUACAAUUACAUGAAAAAGUACAAGAAUACAAUUUGUGGAAAGAAUCCAAUUCUUGUCAUGUUGAAUGCACUACAGAAAUCUAAUAAUUGGAAGAACCAUGAAUCAUUAUUCUUAAAUUAUAGUCAAUCAAGUGCUGCUAAAUCAAUGGAAGAUAGUAGUGUUAGUUAUGUAUCUAUUGCUAUCCUACAAUAA